AGUGAACAAAAUUUAUUUAACUAAAUCAUGAUAUUUUUUGCUUAUUUAUGAGUUUUAUAUUAUUACCUCGACAGUUAUGUGAAUAUCCCAUGCGAAGGCUACCAUAACUUUCGCCCAUAUGAAUUUGAUCCUUCUUAUCUGAAAAAAAACCGAACGAAAAUGACUAAUUUCACGAAAUAUUUACUGCUUAUGGUUUUAAUACCAUAUUGCGCCUCCAGGAAACAUACUCUAGAAAUAUCUAAUGAUGAGAGACGAUACAUAGCUCUGAGCACAUUUGGGUUCUACAAAGGUGGAGUGCUGGAAGUGCAAUUGGAAAAUUUCAGGGCUUCUUCUGAAAAUGCUUCAGAUUUGUUUGGGUUUAGUAUAGAUAGAACCUUAAAUGAUGCAAUGAACCCUUAUCUGGAUACACACACUGAGAAGUGUCUUCUGCAAGAGAUGUUCUCUUCAAGAAAUGAGCACUUUUCUGCUGCAAUCUACUUUUCUAUGGAUCUUAAAAACAGUGUAAUGAAGGUUAAUUGCAGUCAAGAAUGGAAAGAUCCAUUGCACAUCUACAAAAAUUCCAAAGAUAUGCCAGUCAGCAAUAAUAAUAUACUGGAUGAAGAAAACUUCAAGAGGCUGAAACGUCAAACAACUGUACAACAGAAUACUCAAGAUCAAUGUACAAAGUUAAAGUUACCCAUCACGAAACGCGUUGUUGAUGGAAUUACCUAUUACAAUACUAGUUUCGUUAUAGCAGUGGCUAGUGUAUCGGAAGAAGGUUUAUAUAAUUUAUACUUUCAUAGCUGUCCAAAUUAUGAUAGUAAUUCGCAUAAGGUCUACGAUUUUACGAUGCAUAUAAGAGAGCAGAAUGAAGGUGGUUAUUUAUCAGCUGGUGAAAUGCCUUUGCCUGCUUUGUAUUGUACCAUGGCGGUUCUGUUCUUUUUGUCCGGUUGCUUCUGGGUGUUUUUGCUGAAACAAUCCAGACAUCCCAUAUUCAAGUUGCACUACCUCAUGGCGAUGCUGGUGUUCUUGAAGGCUUUGUCUCUGGGUUUCCAUGGCGUCAACUACCAUUUCAUUGAAACCUUGGGUGUGCACUUGGCCACUUGGGCUAUCCUAUUUUACAUUGCUCAUUUGCUGAAAGGCGCUUUGCUCUUCAUAACGCUGGUUCUGGUUGGAACCGGUUGGACCUUCAUCAAGCACGUUUUGGCUCCAAGAGAUAAGCGUCUGUUCAUGGCUAUAAUCCCGCUGCAAGUGUUGGCGAACGUCGCUGAAAUUAUCCUGGAGGAAUCCGAGGAAGGUUCUUUGGAACACAACAUGUGGAGAGACGUCCUGAUAUUCGUAGACCUGAUUUGCUGCGGUUGCAUUUUGUUCCCUGUGGUUUGGUCCAUCAGACAUCUGCAGGAAGCGUCCAGAACAGACGGCAAAGUCCAAAUCGUCCUGAGGAAGCUGAAGCUCUUCCGCCACUUCUACAUAAUGAUCGUGUGCUACAUCUAUUUCACCCGGAUUAUAGUGUACCUGUUAAAGAUUACCGUUCCGUUCCAAUACGGUUGGUUGGACGAGAUGUUCAGAGAGAUGGCGACCUACGUCUUCUUCGUCAUGACCGGAUACAAGUUCCGGCCGGCCGCUCACAAUCCCUACAACACUGUGCCAACUGAUGACGAAGAGGAGGAGGAUUUAAUUAUUUCGAAACACCACGAGAUAACUAAACUGAAGCACACCGCUACGAUAACUGAGGUGACCGAAGAGGAAAGCGAUUCGUUGUUAAAUCAGAAGGAGAGCAGUCACGAGUACGAUUAGUUCAUUGUCUGAUUUUAUUACUCUCCUUUAGUUUCAUGUAACCACGAUAAUCAUUUUGUUUUUUUUUUUAUUUAAGCCGUAGGUUGUAAAUGCUUUCUUUAGGACGACAUGUUUUUACUUCUUUUUUUUUUUUUAGAAAAUUUGUGAUUUUUUUCCCCUCUGAGUGAAUGCAUUGAAAAUUACAAAAUAUUGUUGCACUGUGAUAGGCUUUGUUCUUGCGUUGUUAUUCGGCGACCGAAGGACUAAACGAAGCGAAAAGAAAAUUCUAUAUAAAUUAUAUUGUAUACAAAAUAGUUCCAGCAUUCCACUGACGUUCUUCGCGUAUCGAUUAUUUAUGCGAGACGCCAGUUCCAUAGUUUUUAAUAUAUUCUUUUCUCCUCCAGUCUACAUAUUUGUAAAUUAUACAAUUGAAUUUUUUUGCGAUGAAAACAUUUGAUUAAUGUAAUACGCAGCAUCCUUUUAGCCAUUAAACAAUUGAAACAACAUAA